CAUGACUUACCAGUUAGAAAGUAAACAAUGGCUGCAUCAGAUGGGAGUGGGUUGCGUUACAAAGACAAAGUCACUAUUGUCACCGGCGGCUCGAAGGGAAUAGGCAAAGGAUGUGUUGAAGUUUUCGUGAAGAAUGGAUCGAAGGUUGUCUUCUGCUCCAGGGGAGAGUCUGAAGGGAAACAACUGGAGCAGGAGCUGAAUGCUGUGGGUCCCGGAGAGGCGUAUUUCGUCCCUUGUGAUGUGUCCAAUGAAGAUGACAUUAAGAACCUCAUUGACAAGACUGUAGAAAAAUAUGGUCAGAUAGACUGUCUCAUCAACAAUGCUGGAAGCCAUCCACCAUUCCACACAAUAGAUGAGUUCAGUGCUGAUGACUUCCGAAGUCUGCUCAAUCUUAAUCUUGUCAGCUACUUCCUUGCUGCAAAGUAUGCUCUGCCCUAUCUACGGAAAACGGAAGGAAAUAUCAUCAACGACUCAAGCCUGGUUGGGCAGAUCGGACAAACGGGAGCGGUCACUUAUGUCGCUACGAAGGGUGGGAUCACAGCGAUGACCAAGGCACUUGCGGUGGAUGAAUCCAAGUACAAUGUAAGAGUCAAUUCGUUUUCACCGGGCAAUGUGUGGACCCCGCUGUGGGAAAAUGCUGCCAACAAUGAGAAGGAUACACAGGGCUGUAUAAAGGGGGGUGCCAAUGCACAGCUUCUGGGGAGGUUUGGCACUAUCGAGGAGUGUGGCCAGGCCUGCUUGUUUCUGGCAGCAGAGGGCACCUUCUGUACCGGCAUCGAUCUCAACCUGUCCGGUGGCGCUGAGCUCAACUAUGGCUUCAAGAACAUGAGAGAAAGAACAGGCAUCUACCAAUAAGAGUGUUGCUCUUCAAGGAAGCUUUUCUUGCCACCUGUAUUUCAUAUGGCCAACACGUAUUUAGCUUUAAAUCUUUCCAUGAUUGCAUCAUAUCCUUCAACUAAUAUAGCAUGUGUAGGGGCAGUGGGGUAGCCCAGUGGUUAACACAUUUGCUCGUCACGCUGUAGGCCUGCGUUCGAUUCCCCAUAUGGGCACAAUGUGUGAAGCCCAUUUCUGGUGUCCCCGUCAUGAUAUUGCUGGAAUAUUGCUAAAAGCGGCGUAAAACCAAACUCACUAGCUCAGUAUACACAUGUUAUUUGCCUUUUCAUUAUACUUUACUUGAAAUAUUUGAAUUUGAAGUCAAAAAGAAAAUAUGUUUGGUUAUGUAUGUAAAAAGAUAUUUUUAUAUACAUGAGUUUAAUGCAUAGAUUUGAUAAUGGUAUAUUUUGAUGGUAGGCAUUUCAUCAAAUUCCACAGAACAUUAUGCAGAGUACAGCA